AUGACAUUAGAAUCUGUAAACAAGCUCCUUACUGAUAAACUAGAUACUUCUCAAACUGUACCUGAGAAGGAUACAGUACAAGUUGCCCAGUGUAAAUGUGGGAAGAGAUGGGGACAAUGUAGUCAUAAGAAGGUCCAUUCAGAGGUUAUACAGGUGGAUGUAUACCAUAACCCUGAUGACUUUGAUGAUAUCUGGCACCUGGCAGAGUCUGAUGGGGCUGGUGCCUCAGAUGACUCUGUAGAUACGAGACCAGUCAUCAAGAAGAAGGUGGAAUUUUCUGAGGCCGAACCUCUUGAAGCCAUUCUCACUGAUGACGAACCUGAACAUGGCACAUUGGGAGCUCCGGAAGGGGACCACGACCUCCUCACUUGUGGCCAGUGUCAGAUGAACUUCCCGUUGGGGGACAUUCUUAUUUUUAUUGAGCACAAACGGAAACAAUGCAAUGGCAGUCUCUGCUUAGAGAAGGCUGUGGAUAAGCCACCUUCACCCUCACCAAGUGAGCUGAAAAAAGCAUCCAAUCCUGUGGAGGUUGGCAUCCAGGUUACGCCAGAGGAUGACGAUUGUUUAUCAACGUCAUCUAGAGGAAUUUGCCCUAAACAGGAACAUAUAGCAGGUAAAGACGAGCCCAGCAGCUACACAUGUACGACUUGUAAACAGCCUUUCAACAGCGCCUGGUUCCUCUUGCAGCACGCACAGAACACGCAUGGCUUACGGAUCUACCUAGAAAGCGAGCACGGCAGCCCCCUGACGCCACGGGUUGGUAUCCCAACAGGACUAGGUGCAGAGUGCCCUUCCCAGCCACCUCUCCACGGGAUUCACAUUGCAGACAAUAACCCUUUUAACCUGCUCAGAAUACCCAGCUCGGUCUCGAGGGAGGCGUCGGGGCUGGGAGAAGGGCGUUUCCCACCCACGCCGCCCCUCUUUAGCCCUCCCCCGAGGCACCAUUUGGAUCCGCAUCGCAUUGAGCGGCUGGGUGCGGAAGAAAUGGCUCUGGCCACCCAUCACCCUAGUGCCUUUGACAGGGUGCUGCGACUGAACCCCAUGGCGAUGGAGCCCCCCGCUAUGGAUUUCUCCCGGAGGCUGCGGGAGCUGGCCGGCAACACCUCCAGCCCGCCCUUGUCCCCGAGCCGGCCCAGCCCUAUGCAAAGGUUGCUGCAGCCCUUCCAGCCCGGCAGCAAGCCCCCGUUCCUGGCCACGCCUCCCCUUCCUCCUCUCCAGUCUGCUCCUCCUCCCUCCCAGCCGCCCAUGAAGUCCAAGUCGUGUGAGUUCUGCGGGAAGACCUUCAAGUUUCAGAGCAACCUGGUGGUCCACCGCCGGAGCCACACCGGGGAGAAGCCCUACAAGUGCAACCUCUGCGACCACGCCUGCACACAGGCCAGCAAGCUGAAGCGCCACAUGAAGACCCACAUGCACAAGUCCUCCCCCAUGACGGUGAAGUCGGACGACGGGCUCUCCACUGCCAGCUCCCCCGAGCCAGGCACCAGCGACCUGGUGGGCAGCGCCAGCAGUGCCCUCAAGUCCGUGGUGGCCAAGUUCAAGAGUGAAAAUGACCCCAACAUGAUCCCUGAGAACGGGGAUGAGGAAGAGGAGGAGGACUUGAACGAGAGCGACAGGCCGGACUAUGGCUUUGGGAUGAGCCUGGAGGCGGCCCGCCACCACGAGAACAACUCGCGGGCCAGCGAGGAGGGCCGGUCGAUGCCGGACGUCAUGCAGGGCAUGGUCCUGAGCUCCAUGCAGCACUUCAGCGAGGCCUUCCACCAGGUUCUGGGGGAGAAACACAAGCGGGGCCACCUCCCCGAGCCCGAGGUGCACAGGGACACUUGCGACGAAGACUCGGUGGCCGGCGAGUCCGACCGCAUCGACGAGGGGGCGGUCAACGGCCGGGGCUGCUCCCCGGGGGAGUCUGCCUCAGGAGGCCUGUCCAAAAAGCUGCUGCUGGGUAGCCCCAGCUCCCUGAGCCCCUUCUCCAAACGCAUCAAGCUGGAGAAGGAGUUCGACCUGCCGGCCGCUGCCAUGCCCAACACCGAGAACGUUUACUCCCAGUGGCUGGCGGGCUACGCCGCCUCCCGGCAGCUGAAGGACCCCUUCCUCAGCUUUGGCGACUCCCGACAAUCGCCCUUCGCCUCCUCCUCUGAGCACUCCUCGGAGAACGGCAGUCUGCGCUUCUCCACGCCGCCGGGCGAGCUGGACGGAGGGAUCUCAGGCCGCAGCGGCACGGGAAGCGGAGGGAGCACCCCCCAUAUUAGUGGCCCGGGCCCUGGCAGGCCCAGCUCAAAAGAGGGCAGACGCAGCGACACUUGUGAGUACUGUGGGAAGGUCUUCAAGAACUGUAGUAAUCUCACCGUCCACAGACGGAGCCACACGGGCGAGAGGCCGUAUAAGUGUGAGCUUUGCAACUACGCCUGCGCCCAGAGUAGCAAGCUCACCCGGCACAUGAAAACACACGGGCAGGUUCGGCGUACCCCCCCAGCUGGCGCAGUGCCCAGGGAGCCCCGGACGUCUGGCAGUUUUCGGAUGGAAGUUCAAGAGCACUUAAAUUCUGAAAGGAGGUGAAACUGGGGUGAGCGGCUGGCGGCGUCUCGGCGUCCGGAGGUGGCCUCUGUCCUGCUGGCUCACCGCAUCCCUGGGAGAGCCUGAGAAGUCACCCGCCGAAGGCAGCGCUCCCCGGGCUCCUCCUGCCUGCAAGACUAUCGUAUUUAUAUUUUGUAAUAGAGUACAACACUUCUUUGGGGUUGGGGUUUUUUUUGGUUUGUUUGUUUGAUCGUUUCUUUUUUUAUUUUCUAAAAACAAAAAAAAACCAACAACAGAAAAAGCAAACCCACCCACUAAGGUCAGGGGCUUAUCGAUGGCUUCGACUGGCUCCUUUCCCCAUGAAAAAAAAGACUCUCUUGCUCUCGUGGACAACCUGGCCUGUUGGUUAUCUCCAGGACGUGCCAUUUCUUGGAAGGCGCAUCUGAUGUGAUGAAUUAAAAAUAAAACAAAACACAGUGUAGGUCUGUGGGUGGGUGGGAAAUUGCCAUAAUAAAUGUUGGAGCUUUAGGUUUUGUUUGCUCUGUCUUUAAUUUUUAAUGCUAACAAGGGCCAGGCGGCUGGUAUGACUUUGUGUUACCAUAUUGGCUGCAGAAAACCAAGUGCUGAGUUUACAAAGAGAAAGCCGGGGCUGGUGUCUGUGCGAGGGGCUGCAGGGCCACACUGGGCAAUGUGUCCUGCAGAGUUAGACCAGGCUUACGUUGGGCUUACGACCGCGGCACCCCCAGUCAUGGCGAACCCCCGCUGGUGUUCAGUGAUGCCAAAGUGGGGAGGGUCUCCCAGCUCUCCUCCGUCACCCACCUCCUCUUGAGGAACGCCAGCUGUUGUAUUACAAUUCUGCUGUUAAACUAUGGACUUUUGGGGCUGGUAGGAUCCGUAAUGUCCCUUCGUGUCCACGCAAGGAGAAGCGAGGCCAGCCGGCCGGUUUCAGGAGGAGUGGGGGUCUUGCUAUGGAGGUACUGUCAGUACCAGGGCAUGCAGAGCCCUGCCCUGAGCCGGGGUACAGGGGGACUGGCGAUCAGGUUGGCAUCCCGGUGUGUCCCACCGAGCGCUCCAGCUCUUGCGCAGCUUUUCCCCUUGCUGGUGACACUUGUCCCUUGCUCAGAGCUGCGCACCCACCCCAAGAGUUUGCUGGUUUGGGGCGCAAGCGCUUUGCUGAAGAGAAGAUGGGUUAAGUGCGUGCUUGUGUGCUGUCUCCGAUGGGAUUUAUAGGCUGUAGCUACUCAUGCCUGUGCCGGCAAGCGGGAAUGGACCUUAUUUGGUGAAAGAAACCAGCUGGGUAGCGAGUGGAGUUGCUGGCCGGCCGUGUCAGGCUGCCAGGACACCCGCUGCUGAGCACAGUGGGAUGGAGUUGAGCUGUGGGCAGGGGCCAGCUCGUUUCCUUGCUUCAUGCAUUAGUUUCAAUCUCACUUCUGGGUUUAUUCAUCUCUUUUCUUAAAACCUGAGUGAGACACCUGGCUGGGGUGACUCUCCCCCAGCAAAACAGCCACAGAGGAGGAUCAUGUUGCCUUUUUGGUGGGUGGUAGUUGCUCUUUUGUAUUUGACAAACCCAGGCUGUAGUUCUCAUGGGGGCCAGGGCGUAGCAUAAGCACAGACACUUUUGUACCUUAAAGCUCAGCGAGAGGCCGGGGGUGGGAGAGGGGGGGGGAGGGCAGAAGCACCUCUGCAUACAGCUGUAGGGUCAAGUCGGGAGCCCAGGGGCACUCACUCUAUAAGCAUGGGUUGACCCAAAGGGAGCUACUGCUGCUUCUUUUCAGGUAAUUUGGUCUUUUGAGUUCCAAUUACCCAGAAGUCUGCACACACCCUAAUUUUUUUUAUUUUUUAUUUUUUUUUAUGACGAGGAGACAUUUUUAAAAGUUCUUCCUCUCUCAGCCAGUGCUAACACCUCUGUGUCUGCUUAUAAGGGUUUUUUGAGCCUUGGAAGGGUGAAUCCUGUUGCAUUGAGCAUCCUGUUGGGUGCAAACCCCCCAUCACUAAGGAGUUCUCAGAUCCCAUUAGCUGCAGGCACCCCCAGCUCCUGCCCUGGGGUAUCUCUGCACCAGGCAGCUGCAGCAGAUGAGGGCUGAUGGAAUUGUUCAUUGCAGAGGGUGUUGCUCUGCUCUCUCCUCCAAAUUGCAAACCAGGAAUCACCUGGUACAUAUCUACAGCAGGCCUAGCUUAUAAUACAGGGCAACUGAGAAGCUGCUUUUUAAGAGUUUUUCUGGGUGCUGGCCACUCUCGAGGGUGUCUUUAUCCUUACUUUGUCUGAGUGCAGGCAAAGCUUAGUGCAUAGAUGGCUUUUAAGGCAGCUCCUUGUACUUUUGAUGCUCUGCUUGGUGGAAGAAGUGCAACGUGUUCUGCUUUCUCCAGCUGUGGCCCAUCUCUUCUCCAGCAGCCAGUGCAAGGCAGGUGUUUUUCCCAGGGAAAGCAGAAAACAGAACUGUGACAGCUAAAUGCGUUCUGCCAAGCACAGAGAGGAAAAGUUAUACCUGUUGUUCCCUGAAGUCAUGAAGGUAAAGUGAAAUAGUCGUUUAAAUGUAUAUUUUUUAAAUACAGGUGUUAAUACACACCCCACCCCCCAACUCAAGACUUAAAAGCAUCUGCAGAAUUUGUGUUGCCUUAAAGUUACAAAUACAUGUCAUGGGUGUGCUUGGGGGCUCCUCUCCCCUGCUGCAGGGCCUGAUCCUGCUCACAGGCUCUGCUGUGGCUCUUGCAAAGUGUCAGGGCAGCCCCAGUGUGAGGUUUUGGUGGAGCUACAAGGGUUUCCAGCACCUUGUGUGACCUGGGCUGCUGUGUGCUUUAAUUAGGGGUAUUGUUCCAAUCCUUUUUUGUCUGGCCAGGACUUGGCUGCUGCAAAGCCCUUUGCUGUAUCUGGGUGUGUGGAGGAUCGCCAGUCAUCACGUUACAGUGGCUUAAUGAGUUUCUGCCAAUUAACAGGAGUCAAGGGUUUCCUGUGAGGGGAGAGCUGGAAAUCUCAAAGCUAGACCUUGCUCUGUUUUCUGUGCAAGAGGGGCAAUAUUCCUAGGGAUUUUGUGUUUUAGCAUAUUCCCAAUGUGUCAGUCUGCAAAUCAGAGUUAAAAAAUAAAGUACACUUGGUCUUUAUAAAGAAACAAAGGUCCUAAUGUUUUGGAGUUUGAAAUAAACAAAAGAAAAACUCUCUUGGUCCGCAGUGCUGAGAUGAACAAGAUACCUGGGAAUUAGCUAGCUUAGCUUUGAUUUUUUUCUUCUGGGAUUUAAAAAGCUGCUUUCAAACUCGAAGGCAAUUUGACUGUGCUGUAUUUUAUUUCUAAGCACACUUUCAUGACACUAAAAUGCAGCAAAGGUCAAGUCUUCUGUGAAUAACUUAAAUUUUGCUUUUAAAAUAAUAUAUAUUUUGAUUUCUGUUGCUUUUGGGCUGUGGGCCUUUACAAGAUGACAAAGCUUGCUCCAGAAGUGAUCUGAAAACAGAUCUAAAAAAGGGUGGAUGAGAUUUCAAGCAAUACUCCCACCCCUCCUCACCAUGUUUCAUAUCAACCCGAGCUUCAUGUCGGGUCUUACCUCUGGGACCAGCAGCAGUUUCAGGAGCAUCAUGGUGGUGGCGAGUGGCAAAGUGACUCUGAAUUCUGGGCAAGUACCAUCCUUCUUGGGCUGCUGGAGGUUAUUUUACUAUCUAUGAGGUUGACCUUGUACUUUUGCAUCUCGCUUCUUCCAUUGCUGUGUGUUGUCUGGAUGCUGGUGCAACCCAGGGGUGAGCCUUUAUCUGCAGAUUUUUGGUGGUGAGGUGGAGGACCUGCUAAACACAGCUGCCUUUGUAGGGCUCCCUGCUCUGGUGGGAUAUUUCAUGUAAUCCCACUAAAUUAUUAUUGAGGAGUGAGCUGAAGCCCCCUGCCUUGAAUGACAGUGGUGCCUCACUUGCUGCUUUUUUUUUUUUCUCUGCUUCCCCCACCCAGUUUGCCCAUUUCAGGCAUGACUAGGCAUCAUCAUCCAGUUCUAUGUCGUAUCUGCUUCGAGUUGAUAAAACCUUGUUGCUCCUCCAUCCUGACACCCCCUGAACCUCCACCCCCUGAACCUCCUCCCCCUGCAGAAAUCACACUCUAAACAUUCAUCUUCUACAGGGGUCCGAAUAAUCACUACUUCUUCCCAAGGAAAGAUAGAUCGGGAGGGAACACGACAAAAAAAACCAAACCCCAAAUAUGGCCAUUAUUCCUUAAUCUCACUGGAUAGAGUUACACAUCUGGUAGGGGCUUGUUCAAUGUUGCUAUUACUUUUAUUGCAUCUUUAGCAGUGAUGAAGUUCAGAUGGCAGAACCAGUGGGCCCCAAUUUAAUUUCGUCUGGCCUCCUGUAAUGAGCAUGAUGUGAUUCCUGGGAAGUGCUGGCUCGGCCACGGUUCCAGCGGGCAAGUGCUGGCUUGCUGUGGUGAUGGACAGACAGCUGGACAGGCACAACCCCAGGGUGAGGCUUGGGGUGGGGGGAAGGAAGAAUCUGGCAAGAGGGAUGAUAACGGGUGGGUGGAGGUGUCUGUACUGCAUGAGAGUCAUAUACUGCAGGGAGCUGGAUGGAUGGACAGAGCUGUUGAUGUCAAAACCCAGAAGCACGAUCACACGAGGUGGAUUUUUCACCUUUUUUUUUUUUUUUUUUUUUUUUUUUUAUGCUUUCCCGAGGUUGCUCUAGCCCUUGAUGGCUCUUCCCCUGAUGACUUCUGUGACCCCUUUGGGUUUCCAGUGGCAAUGUAUAGAAGCUCCCACCUCUCCCCCAGUGUCUGCAAAUGCAUGUGUCUAAGGGCUAUACAGGAUUCAUUUACGGGCCUCCCGUUGGUGGGAUAUGUGCAUGCAAAAUGAAGGUUGUAUUUGGCUUCUCAUAUUCAGAUCUAUAUUCCAUAUUGUGUUGACCAAGAAAAACAACUCAGCCCCCGUGCUGAAGAAUGUGAUGGACUGAUGACUUUCAGAAACAU